AGAAGAAUGGAUGAAUACACAAAGAGAUGGAUGGAAGAAUGAAUGGGAUGAUGAAUAGAGGAAAGCGGAGAGGAGGCAAGGCUGAACAGAGAAAAACGGGUGGGAGAGUAAAUGGGGUUGUAGGACGACGGGGCUUCAGGACAGGGCGAGCGCGCAGUGCUUUGCGUCCUUCCACCACCACCACCCCCCGCGCCAGCAGCACGCCCGUUUCACCCAAUCGAGCAGCCUCAGUUUCCCCUCUGUGAGAGCCUGCGGGUCCCUGCCUUAAAGAACGCGGGUGAUCCUGCGUAGGGAGCCGGCGGGCACGGAGGGAAGAGGCGCAGGGGCGGUCCUGGAGCCCAGCCUGGCCCCGCCCCAGGAGGUGGCCGCGCGGUGGCAGCGCCCAGGCUCGGCUGGCGGGAGACGAGCGGGAGGGCGCAGUGCCGGGAGCACGAGCGCCGUGGGAGCCAGGGCUAGGUGGACAGAUCCUGGGUCCACAUGGCUCAGUAGAGGAUGAAGCCCAACCCAGCAGGCUCCUCCCCAGAGGCCUGCAAAGUUGCAAGCCAGGGCGAGAAGAGCUGCCCUGUGUGCCAGGCCUGGGGAGGGGUGUCAGGCCUGGGGUCUGAGCUGGGGUCUGGGCCGGGGCCUGGUGCCACUUCGGGACCUAAGCCAGGGCCUGGUACUGUGGCUGGACCUAAGCCGGGAACUGGUGCCGCUUCGGGACCUGGACCUGGGCCUGGUACUAUGGCUGGACCUGGGCCAGGGCCUGGUGCCACUUCAGGACCUAAGCCGGGGCCUGGUACUGUGGCUGGACCUGGGCCAGGGCCUGGUGCCACUUCGGGACCUAAGCCGGAGCCUGGUACUGUGGCUGGACCUGGGCCUGGUACUGUGGCUGGACCUAAGCCGGGAACUGGUGCCGCUUCGGGACCUGGACCUGGGCCUGGUACUAUGGCUGGACCUGGGCCGGGGCCUGGUGCCGCUUCGGGACCUAAGCCAGGGCCUAGUACUGUGGCUGGACCUGGGCCUGGUACUGUGGCUGGACCUAAGCCGGGAACUGGUGCCGCUUCGGGACCUGGACCUGGGCCUGGUACCGUGGCUGGACCUGAGCUGGGGCCUGGUGCUGCUUCGGGACCUACGCCGGGGCCUGGUACUAUGGCUGGACCUAAGACAGGAACUGGUGCUGCUUUGGGACCUAAGCUGGGCCCUGGCUCUAUGGCUGGACCUGGGCCAGGGCCUGGUGCUGCUUUGGGACCUGGGCCGGAGCCUGGUACUGUGGCUGGACCUAAGCCGGGAACUGGUGCUGCUUUGGGACCUAAGCCGGGCCCUGGCACUACAGCUGGACCUGGGCCAAGGCCUGGUGCCACUUCGGGAACUGGGCCGGGGCCUGGUACUGUGGCUGGACCUAAGCCGGGGCCUGGUACUAUGGCUGGACCGGGGCCAGGGCCUAGUGCCACUUCGGGACCUGGGCCUGGGUCUGGUGCUGUGGGACCUGGGUCUAGUGCCACUUCGGGACCUGGGCCGGGGCCUGAUGCUGUGGCUGGACCUGUAUUGAGGCCUGGUGUCGUUCCAGGGCCCAGUGUGGUUCUAGAACCUGGACCAGGGCCUGGUACUGUGUCUAGACCUGGGCUGGGGCCUGUUGCUGCUUCAGGACCUGGACCAGGUCUGGGAUCUGGGCCACGAGCUGGGUCAGUACCUGGGCCAGGAGCUGUGCCAUUGCCUGGGCCAGGGGUAGGGCCUGGGACUGGAGCCAAACCCAGUGAGCCAACGACAGCUCCACCACCAGCACCGCAAAAGAAGACUCAAGCCGCACCUGUGCAGGCCCCGAAGCAGAAGGUUCUGGUGACUGGAGGAGGCGGCUACCUGGGCUUUAGCCUGGGUUCCUGCCUGGCUAAGAGUGGCACUUCCGUCAUCCUGCUUGACCUCCGAAGACCCCAGUGGGAGUUGUCGCCAGGGACCGAGUUCAUCCAGGCUGAUGUCCGAGAUGAAGAAGCCCUGCUCCGCACCUUCGAAGGGGUGGACUGUGUCUUCCACGUGGCCUCCUACGGAAUGUCCGGAGCUGAGAAGCUGCAAAAAGAGCAGAUUGAGUCUAUAAAUGUUGGCGGCACCAAACUAGUGAUCGAUGUUUGUGUCCGCCGGCGGGUUCCAAGGCUCGUCUACACCAGCAGCGUCAAUGUCGCUUUCGGCGGGAAGCCCAUAGAACAGGGCGAUGAGGACUCAGUGCCCUAUUUCCCACUGGAGAAGCACAUGGACCACUACUCCCGAACCAAAGCCAUCGCCGACCAGCUGAUCCUCAUGGCCAACGGAACACCUCUCCCGGGAGGAGGCAUUCUGCGGACGUGUGUGCUCCGGCCCCCAGGAAUCUAUGGCCCCGAAGAGCAGAGGCACCUGCCCCGUGUGGCGAGCCACAUCAAAAAGAGGCUCUUCAUGUUCCGAUUUGGGGACCGUGGGACGCGGAUGAACUGGGUCCACGUGCACAAUCUGGUGCAGGCGCACGUGCUGGCGGCCGAGGGCCUCACCGCCAUCAAGGACUACGUGGCUAGUGGGCAGGCGUACUACAUCAAUGACGGGGAGAGCGUCAACCUUUUUGAGUGGAUGGCCCCGCUGUUUGAGAAGCUGGGGUACAGCCAGCCCUGGAUCCAGGUGCCUACUUCCUGGGUUUACCUGACAGCCACGGUGAUGGAGUACCUCCACCUGGCCCUGAGGCCCCUCUGCUGUGUCCCACCGCUGCUCACCCGCAGUGAGGUGCACAGCGUGGCCGUAACACACACCUUCCAGAUCUCCAAGGCCCGCGCCCAGCUUGGCUACGCGCCCGACAAGUUCAGCUUCGCCGACGCCGUGGAACAUUACGUGCAGUCCACGACCGGGAGGCCGCACGGCUCCACUGCGCGCACGCUCCUGCGGCUGCUGCUUGGGCUGCUGCUGCUCCUCGGCCUGCUCGUCCUCGCCCUGCACUUCCUAAACCUGCAGCCGUCGGUCUUCUGAACGUGCGCUGCAGGACAGUGCCUGUACCUGCCUCAUCCUUCGGCCUUGGACCCGCCCCUGCCCCGCCCCCGGACUUGGACCCACCCCUGAGUCCCGCCCCCCGGUCCUGGACCCGCCCCGCCCCGCCCCUGAGCCUUGUCCCGCCCUUGCCCCACCCCCAGCCAUGGCCACGCCCCUGUCACGCCCUCUGGUCCUCGGAUUCCCCUGUGCUCUGGUAUAUUCUACCCUGGCCCCGCCCCGCCCCUCCGGCUCUGGCUCCACCCCCUUCCCAGCAGCACCGCCUAGGUGAGUUCUCCGGGCCUGGCCUCAGCAGUCCAGUGGCUAGUGCAGGCUGGGGUGGCGUUUGCAGCUUUUGCUGUCUGCUACAGCCCCUCUAGGGACACUGGGCCCUCCUCGGUGCCCGAGCUUCUCUGGGCUUGUCCUGAGACCCUCUCGUGGUCUGCGACUAGACGACUAGACCCAUUCUUGGAGCUUCGCGUUUGAUCGGCUCUCACCCCGAUGUUCUGGGUUCGCUCACUCACGCAGGUCUUCCUGUGCGUUGUCAGCCUGGGUUGGAGGGACACCCGAGACGCACGCUUCUGUCCAACCCAACCUGGCUUUUUGUGGUUUCUGGUUUAUGAAUCGGGGGGUCACUCGGCAUAGUAAGCACAGGCUUCUGGACCAGCAGCGACAUAAAAAAGAAAAAAAAAACUUUUUAUAGAAUUGAACGUCCUAAAAAGUACCAAUAUAGUUAGACUGGGAAGAAUUAGGUUGGUCAUGUUUUAUAAUUUAGUAUUGCUUCUGUUCGUUAAUGAAGGGGCAGUUUGGAUCAUCCUCAUCUUUGAUGGUUAAACCCACACAAUCUCUUAAUCCAGCCCUGCUUUCCACAGAAACAGCGUCUCCCUCCCUAUCGUCUUGGUGUUGGUGACGGAUACCAAAAUGAGUGUGUAAAUGCAUCCAUGUAUAUAUCAUAAAAUGCACAUGUGGAACUGGCCGACCACACUAUGGGUCCUCCUGGUAAAGAUGCAAACUGUCCCACAGCUAAAGAAACCUGUGGUGGGUGGAGGGGAGGGAAAGUUAAUCAGAGCCAACAUGGCCAUUGCGGGGUGUGGGCAUCCGUCACCUGUGUUUUGAAGAAAGUUUGUGAAGCAGCUAAAAAGUGUAUGUUCCUCUUUGCUAGGUUGAAUUGUAUAGGUGUAUAUAAUUUUUUAAAGCUCAGUAAUAAUCCUCUAUGUCUGUUUAAUGCUUGACAGUUGGA